AUGGGCUUCUUGCUACGGGCAAGCACGAGACUUCAUUGUCGGUUCGUUCAAUUGAGUCUUCGACGCUUCAACAGCUCUUCUUCAGGGCCCUUUGAUAUCACUAAGAUUCGAAACAUCGGCAUCUCGGCACAUAUCGAUAGUGGGAAAACAACAGUUUCUGAGCGCAUUCUUUUCUACACGAAUCGGAUCUCAUCCAUGCAUGAGGUGAGGGGAAAGGAUGGAAUUGGCGCGGUGAUGGAUUCGAUGGAACUGGAGCGUCAGCGAGGUAUUACCAUCCAGUCGGCAUCAACGUACACUUCGUGGCGUGGUCACACUAUCAAUCUUAUUGACACGCCGGGCCAUGUGGACUUUACGGUUGAAGUAGAACGUGCUCUGCGUGUCCUUGACGGUGCUGUACUCAUUCUCUGCGCUGUAGGUGGCGUACAGAGUCAGACUCUCACAGUGGAAAGACAGAUGAAGCGCUAUAAGGUGCCUAAAGUUGCUUUCAUCAACAAGGUUGACCGCCUGGAUGCCAAUCCCUAUCGUGUAAUCAAACAGAUGCGUGCACUAAAUAUUCGUUUUAGUGACAAGCUACUUUAUCACACGGCCUUCGUGAAUAUCCCCAUUGGCUUGGAAUCAAAGAAUGUGGGUAUAAUUGAUCUCCUUAUGGAAAAGGCUAUCUAUUUUGACGAACCUCAGGGCUUAAAUCUCCGUGAGGAAGAAAUUCCCAAGAAUAUGUUAUCAGAAGCGAAGGCUCGUCGUAGUGAACUGAUUGAAUGUUUGGCCGACGCGGAUGAAGAAAUAGGCGAAGCCUAUCUCUCAGAAGCACCUCUCUCGAUAGAACAGCUGAAGGCAGGCAUACGGAGAGCCACUCUGGCCCAUCGCUUCACCCCGGUGCUGGUAGGCACAGCGCUAAAAAAUCGUGGUAUACAACCCCUAAUGGACGCAGUGGUUGACUAUCUGCCCAACCCCCUAGAAAUCAAGCAUUAUGCUCUUCAUGAACAGAAUGGGGCAACAGAGAAGAUUCCCCUGGAUGGAUCUCGAAAUUCCGAUGCGCCAUACUUAGGUCUCGCUUUUAAACUUGAGGCUAGCAAGUUCGGUCAGUUGACCUACACGCGCGUGUACCAGGGCUGUCUACGACGCGGUGAGUCGGUGCGGAACACCCGCACGGGCAAGAAGGUGCGAGUGCCACGUCUCGGACGUAUGAACGUGGACACCUUUGAGGACCUUGAGGCCGUCUACGCUGGUGACAUUGCUGCCCUUUUUGGCAUUGAAUGCUCUUCAGGCGACACUCUCGUGUCUCCCAACACCCCAAUGGAAAAUCUCUCUAUGGAGUCAAUGUACAUUCCAGAGCCGGUGGUGUCUAUGUCAAUCACUCCCUUGGACAAGCACAACAUAGAUAGUUUCAGCAAAGGUUUGGCACGUUUCACCAAGGAGGAUCCCACCUUCCGUCUUCGCCACGAUCCCGAAAGUGGUCAGGCUCUGGUCUCCGGCAUGGGUGAACUGCAUCUGGAGAUAUAUGCUCAGCGCUUGGCUCGUGAAUACAACGCGCCCUGUGUUCUGGGCAAACCAAAGGUCGCCUUUCGCGAAACCCUCCUCGAACCGGUGGCCUUUGACUACUUGCACAAGAAGCAAUCAGGCGGCGCGGGUCAGUAUGGUCGAGUGAUUGGGCUGCUGGAGCCGCUACCAACAGAGCAGAACACACAAGUGCUCUUCUCCGACGAGACAAUGGGUACCAACAUUCCAAAACACUAUGUCCCCGCCAUUGAGACGGGCUUUCGAGGUAUUUGUGAGGCCGGUGGUACCCUGUCUGGUGCUAAAGUGGUGGGAGUGCGUUUUCGACUUAAGGAUGGUGCCCACCACUGUGUCGAUAGCAGUGACUGGGCCUUUCAGCAGGCUGCCGAAGGCGCUAUGCGACAGGCAUUCGAGCGAGGUAAUUGGAUCAUCCUCGAGCCGAUCAUGUUGGUGGAAUGCACCGCACCAGUGGAAUUUCAUGGCAAACUUCUCAGUUCUGUAACUCGACGCAGUGGUCUCAUUGUGGACACCGAUGUCAACGAUGCGUAUGCUCGAGUUGUUGCUGAGGUGCCACUAAACGACAUGUUCGGCUUCGCAGGAGAGCUGCGAGGGCUGACUGAGGGCAAGGGAGAGUACACAAUGGAAUACUGCAAGUACUGUCCCGCCCGCAGCGACACCAUGGAGGAGGUGAUUGCGGAGGCCGAGGCGGGAAAACAGGACUCUGGAGCCACUAACGUCGAUGUCAAGAGCAAGAAAAAAAAGCGAAACUAG